AUGACAAUAUACAAUUUUUAUUUAUUCAGUCGCAGUGGCGUAUGUCUACAUUAUAGAGAAUGGAAGCGUGACAAAAAGGCAACUAUAUGUAAAAACUUGCAGGAAAUGAAACUGAUGAGUGGAUUGGUGCUGUCAAUUCGCUCAUUUUGCUCAAAACUUUCCACGGAUCCGGGAGUUCAGCAAGUAGAUUACUUCAAAACUAACCAAUAUAAUUUUAAUUAUUAUGAAACAAACACUGGGUUCAAGAUGGUCCUCAAUACGGAUCUAAAUGCAACAGGAAUGAAGGAGCUUAUGUAUAACAUUUAUAAGGUAUGUGCAGCAGCUAUAUUGACUACCUCACUGACUAAAGAGCUUGAUCAUAUUUCUGACCAUUUGGAAUAUUUCGAAAAGAAACUCGAUAAUUUGGUUCAAAACCAUCCAUCUUUCUGA